CGUGACAAAAUUUUUCUACGUGAAUUCGAAGCGAUAAGACGUCCUAAAUUGAAUUCUGGCAGCAUUUGCGAAACCCAUUUGGUGGAGGCGCCGGCUGGAUCAGUUGAUGGGCGGUGUUUUUGACGGCGUUACGUGAGAAUUUAUCCAUUCAUAACAGCACAGAUAAAUGUGUCUACAGCGAGGACGUUUACCUGGCCUCCGGGCGAUGUGGCUUUGACGGAGGGCACCACUCGGCCCGGAUGUGACCUUUGCCUUGUUGAGCUGACUGCAUCAGCGACGCAAUGGCAGGCUUCGACCCCUGGGUGAUUCCGCCCGAAUCUCGGGCGAAGUUCGACGCCCAGUUUCGUCAGAUGCAGCCUACGGGAGGAUUUAUAACAGGUGAACAAGCCAAGAAGUUGUUCCUCCAGUCGGGCUUACCACCUGCAGUUCUUGCCAAAGUAUGGUCCUUAGCGGACAUGGAUGCAGAUGGCAGGAUAAACCAGCACGAGUUUGCUGUGGCCCUGCACCUCAUUCAGAUGAAGCUGAAAGGCAUCGAACUGCCAGCAACUCUACCGGCUACUCUACGGUCGCCGACGACAUUCCCCACUGCAAACUUUGCCGCUGCCUUUGGGCCCCCACUCGAGUCCGUGGGUUCACCUGUGGCUCAACCUCUAGUCAACCCGGUGGCUCCUGUCCCAGGUCCUGCCUUUCCCAUGGCGCCCUCUCCUCCAACCCUGGCCGGCACCCCCCAUCCAUCACCGCUGGGCAUUCUUCCAGGUGUCGGCAUUCCACCCAAGCCACCAGCGCCUGCCUUUCCACCACCCGCUGCCUCCACGCCGCCUGUACUGACAGAGUGGGCUGUGCCUCAGCCUUCAAAACUCAAAUACACCCAGCUUUUCAACUCGCAUGACCGAAGCCGUAGUGGUUUUCUAGGUGGCGGCCAAGCUCGCACCAUUCUACUCCAAUCAGCCUUGCCUCAGCCUGUUCUUGCCCAGAUUUGGAACCUGUCAGACAUCGACUCUGACGGGAGACUAACAUGCGAGGAGUUUGUUCUUGCGAUGCACCUCGUGGACUGCGUGAAAGCAGGGGACGCAUUGCCAGCCAAGCUUCCUCUGGACCUGAUACCGCCGUCAUACCGACGCAAGCGGUCAGACAGCGUCCAGUCCACAGGCCCCGUGCCGGAGUUGCUGGGUGCACUGCCAGGUGAGGUGACUCUUGACGACAAGAACAUGGCCACCUUUGAGGACAAGCGGCGAGCCAACUUCGAAAAGGGCCAGGCGGAGCUGGAAAAGCGGCGACAAGCGCUGCUCGAGAGCCAGCGUAAGGAGCAGCAGGAGAGGGAACGCAAGGAACGUGAGGAGCAGGAAAAGAGAGAGCGCAUACGGCAAGAACAAGAGAGGCGUCGUCAGCUGGAACUCGAAAAGCAGCUGGCCCGGCAACGAGAGAUUGAACAGGAGAAGGAGGAACAGAGAAGGAAAGCACUGGAACAAAGAGAGGCUGCUCGGCGAGAGAUGGAGCGGCAACGGCAGUUAGAGUGGGAGAAGCAGCGGAUGCAGGAGUUGCUCUCCCAGAAGCAGCGGGAGCAGGAGAACGUCAGCCGCCUCAAAGGGCACAGGAAAGCACUCGCACUACAGAUUGAACAAGUGGAGAACAAAAUUAACGAGGCCAAUCAGAAACUGGCAGACACCAAGAAAGGUGUUGCAGAGAUGAAAGCCUGCAUCGACGAGAUGAGGGUGGAGAGGGACACUAAAAUGAGGGAGCUCAACGAAGCGAGGCUGGAACUGAAGGAAAUCAGCGACAAAAUGCUUCUCUUGAAUCAAGAGAAACUUAGCCACCAAGGCCGAUUGAAAACAGUCGGAGCCAACACUAAUUACUCUCUCGCAAUGAACAGCUGUGGGAAUAAAGAGAUCAGCUUAAACAUGUUGAGAUCAACGUUAGCCAGCCUCAAGAAGGAAACGGAGCUCAAGCAACAAGAUGUCGACAACAACAAUGCUCAGCUGAAGGAGUUGAAAGAUAGGUUAGCAGACCUCGUGCAGCAGAACGAGGCACUGAUGCGGGACUUCACUCAAAAGAAGCAACAAGUUAUAGCCCUAAAGAAGCAGAAGAACAGUUCCAUAACGUUAGACACUUGGAACGACAACUCGGACUUUGCAUCUGCUGAUUCGUGGCCAGGUGAAAGCACUCAACCUGAGCCUUCCUCUGGUCUUGUAAAAUACAGAGCACUAUACGCAUUUGAGGCACGAAACGCUGAUGAGCUUUCCAUAAUGCCGGGAGACAUUAUCAUGGUGCAGGAGAACCAGCACGGGGAACCGGGUUGGCUUGGGGGAGAGCUGCAGGGCAAGACAGGCUGGUUUCCAGAGUCCUACGUCGAGAAGGUGGUCACCUCGCCCACCGGCGGUUUUCCUGCGGGCAACAACCAGGGGGCCGCAGCGGCUGCCGCAGCAGAGACUGUACACAUCGUGGGAACCGAGAUGAAGAUGACCCUGGAAGGAAUUUCCGAGGCCCCGGAGAAUGGUCGCGAGCCGGCACUGGACGAAGUGGCGGCGCCCGAUGUUCUGCAGCCCUCGGAGAACUCCUGCUUUACCCAGCUGCCCCGGGGGGCACCCAGUGUGGACACCACGUCUCCUGUACCUGGCGAGGGACAAGCUGCCCCACAGGGCUUGCAGGCACAAGCGCUGUUUCCAUGGCGAGCGAAGAAGGAAAAUCAUCUCACCUUCAACAAGGGUGACGUCAUUGCAGUCAAGGAGCAGCAAGACAUGUGGUGGUACGGCGAGUUCCAAGGAAAGCUGGGCUGGUUUCCAAAGUCUUAUGUCAGACUCAUCUUGGGCCCUGUGAAGACAUUCAACAACAACCAGGUUUCGGACUUACAAGAAUACGGAGAUGUGCCUCCCGAACCUCCAGCUGACUUCCCAGUUACGACCGAGGAGAAGUAUGUUGCCCUGUAUGCGUACCAGUCUCAGGAGCCGGGUGACUUGAGCUUCAACGCUGGCGACGUGAUUAGCGUUAGCAAGAAGGAAGGCGAAUGGUGGACGGGGACGCUGGCUGGCCAGACGGGAAUCUUUCCUAGCAACUACGUACGCCUUUACGAGCCAGAGGUCAAGGAGGAGAAAGCAGCGUCUGCUGCUGAUGAAAUUCCUCUGAACGCAACUUCCACAUUGCCGACCAAUGAAGAUUUGGGCUUCACUGGAGCGGAGCCAGCAAGACCAGAAACUCCACAAAGUGACGGUAAGGUGAAGAACUCCAAGAUUAUCAAGAAGCCAGAAAUCGUGUCAGUCAUAGCACCUUACAAGGCGACCGGGCCAGAGCAGCUGACGUUGGAGAAAGGCCAACUCAUUCAAGUGCGAAAGAAGACGGACAGUGGCUGGUGGGAAGGAGAACUACAGGUUAAAGGGAAGAAGCGGCAAACUGGAUGGUUCCCUGCUACUUACGUAAAAGUUCUGGGUGGAAGUGGCACAAGCAGCAGCCGAAACUCUCCCGUUCCUGCAGCAUUUGGGUCCAGCACCCGUGGAGAACAAGUGCGGGCCCUGUUUCCGUUCAUCGGGCAGCAGGACGAUGAGUUGUCCUUCCAGAAAGGUGACGUCCUGGUUGUGCUGAGCAAGGAAGAUGCCUCCUGGUGGAAAGGGGAGAUUGCGGGUCGAGUCGGCCUCUUCCCGGCCAACUACGUCGAACCCCUGGACAGGCCGGUUGACAAAUGUGGCAGCUUGCAGGAGAUUCUUUUCAGCGCUUCGCUCAGCACCCGAGAGAAGAAACGUCAGGGUCACAUCUACGAGCUCAUCUCCACGGAGGAGAACUACGUCAAGGACCUGAUCCUCGUCAAAGAGGUGUUCUACCGGCCCAUGAAACAGUCGUCGCUCUUGACCGACGAGGAGGUGAAGCUCAUCUUCGUGAACUGGCCCGAGCUUAUCAUGAGCAACACCAAGAUGCUCAAGUCGUUCAGAGUGCGUCAGCGCAUGAGCGAAGAUGGCGUCAUCGAAAUGAUCGGGGACAUUCUCUGCGAAAGCCUGCCCUACUUGACUCCAUACGUGAGGUUCUGCAGCUGCCAGGUACGGUCCAUGGCGUUCAUUCAGCAGCGGUCGGAGAACGACCCUCGCUUCAAGGCAUUCACCAGGGAGUUCUGCAAGAACCCGCGAACGCGAGGCAUGCCGUUCACCAGUUUCCUGCUCAAGCCCAUGCAGAGGAUGACCAAGUAUCCUCUCAUGAUCAAGAAGAUCCGUGAGUACACCGACGCGAGUCACCCGGACCGCGGCUACCUGGACGAGGCGCUGGAGAAGGCCGAGCAGCUGUGCAGCCAGAUCAACGAGGCGGUCAAGGAGCGCGAGAACGCCGACCAUCUGGAGUGGGCGCAGUCUCACAUCCAGUGCAACGGAAUCUCCGAGAGACUCGUCUUCAACUCGCUCACUAACAUCCUCGGAUCCAGGAAGUUCCUACACUCGGGAUCGCUCACCAAGGUGAAAAGCGGCAAGGAGCUGGUGGGCUUCCUGUUCAACGAUUUUCUGCUGCUGGCGCAGCCGAUGCGCGACGUCGGCAGAGUCACCAACGUCUUCAUGUCCGACAAGGCGAUGAACGCAUCUUACAAGCUCUACAAGCAGCCCCUGUUCCUGAACACGGUGCUGGUGGAAGACUGCUCGGACGGAGCGGGCAGCCCGUCGGACGACACCUUCCAGAUAUCGGUGCCCGACGCCCCCCGAAGCGUGUUUCGAGCGGCCAACGCCAACGAGAAGCUACUGUGGGUCAAGAAGAUCAAAGAAGCGGCGCACAACUACCGCAACACGGAGGCCAAGAAGAUGAAGGUCUCAGCCAAAUCACAGAAGCUGAGCGGCGUCGGCCGCCUGCUAGUUGUCGUUGUCGAAGGCCGCAACCUGAGAAGCGGAGCGGCGCACGUGACCCGGCGACCAGCUGUCGGCCAAUUAAAGCUAGUCGUAGUGCAAGCAUGUGAUCUCAACGUGAAGGACGUCCAAGGCCAGUGCGACCCGUACUGCGAGGUGAGCAUGGCCUGCCAGGAGCACAAGACGCACGUCGAGACGGCCACGAGCAGCCCGCAGUGGAACAGCUCCAUGCAGUUCCUGGUCAGGGACCUGCGUAGGGACGUCCUCUGCCUCACCGUCUUCAACCGGGAGCUCUUCUCGCCCAACGACUUCCUCGGCCGCACCGAGGUGCGCGUGUGGGACAUCGUCCAGGAGACCCGGCAGACGCGGGGUCCCAUCACCAAGCAGCUGCGGCUCUACGAGGUGGACCAGGGCGAAGUGGUCAUCCGGCUGGACCUACACAUAUUCGAGUCGUGACGACGUGCCUCUUUCCGCUUCCGGCAUCGCCCGUCGUGCCCCUUCUUGCCACGGGGCCCAUUGUUUUUCAAUGUACGAGCGCGGCGCCAGCUUCAGCGUGCGGGCACCCUGUACCGACGGCCGGCGUGUUGCGCGCCCGCGGGUAAUCGUCUCUUCCCGUAAUGUUGCUGCGAACAACGCUCCCUUUUUGCGCGCGAUUUCGCGAGCUCUUCGCGAAGUCACGGCGUGUCUUCCAGCCUAAGUCUAAAGCGAGAGUUUGUUCACUGGGAUGCUACGUAGCUGAAAGUAAGUUGCCGGCAGGGGUAUAGUACGUAAUGUAAAAGCUUUAAAGGAGCACUGACACAAAUUUUCGAAGCUGACUUUACUCAGCCAUGCGAAUCUCCUUUGUACACAGACGGCUCUGAGCAAGUUCGAAGCUCGGGAAAUGCUGAUACUUUAUUUUGACGUUAAAGCCAGUUUUCUAUUUGCACACCUACUGAAAUCGACACUAGCGUGACGUCAGGCUACAUUAUCAAUUCUGAUGACUUCACUCACCAGUAUAGCUAGUCUUUAUGACGUCACGUACCGAAACAUACAAAAUGCCCGCUUGUGCAUCACCAGCGGAGCCACGGAGCGAAGCGGCCGUGGAAACGUCAUGAUAUCUUUCGCGAGCACGUGACGAGAAGGAAGCUCAUGCCGUGUCGUGACAUCAGGGUGCGGUAUGAACCGAAAGUAACUUUUAAAAACAUGCUGUAAUUCAUUUUUGAGGGCGCCUUCUCGCUUACCAGUACAUUUUCUAGGCUUUGAGGGCUUGACCUUUCAGUUGACGCAAAGAAAAAAAAUGACGACAGCUGAAAACUUUUCGUGUCAUUGCCCCUUUAAGUUAUUCAACGUUUUGUUGGAAGUCGUAAUAUAACCUCAGGGUUGGCACGCGCUGGCGCUUUUGUCAGGGAAGCGUCAUUCCCAUGUCACCUGUCCGUUACGUGUACACUUGCGGACCAUAUUCAAGGCGGUCACUGUGACCCAACCUCGCAUUCCUGCGCGUUCGCCAACCAUAUCCGUCGCAGCCGUCGUGCCCUGAAGAAUCUGAAUUUCCUGAAUGGUACAGGAUAAGUAAGCAGGGAUCUGAUCCGUAAUAAACGACGUUACGUGCCCUGUAGAAGGUGCGGAUUCGAACCAGCGACUUGCUUCUUCAGAGCAGAGUUCUGCUGCUGGAAUAACAAUGUAAGGACUGUGUUCCAACGCUUCUUAUUGCUUUUCACGCUUUGUGUCGCUGAAAUCGGCGCUUCGGUCAUGUUACUAUCAAUAUCGGCAUCUCGUGAACGGUGGGUGAUAAAGGAAAAUAAUUGAAUUAAAAGAGGGAGAGACAGAUGAUAGGGGAAAUGCAGAGAAAAAUAAUUAAUGAAAAGGUCAACUCUGGUACGCUGCCCUACACUUGGGGACUGUUGAGGAGAAUGUCGAAAGAAAGUAAAAGUUGAGAGACAGAGAGAAAUUCUUAAAUUAAACCGGCUCGGGACGUGGUUCUACGGGAGUGAACAGCAGCCCAGGUACCGGCGACGACGGUAUCCGUGAUUGGAAAACAUUGCAACGCACUCUAACACAGCACAGCACAGGAGGCACGUGCUGCGUUGGGUAGCAUUGGUGAACAAGCCUCUCGGUUCUAUGAUCAGUGAGAACCGAACGGAGCGACGUUUGUUUUUGUUGAGGCACUGGGGUGAAUGCCACGCAUGAGCGAGUCGGCACUGUUCAGCGGCGGCUACGUUCGACCAACGCGCAAUCUGCUCUCUACAGGGUGCCCGCAUCGGUUUUUUUUUUUUCUUUUGAUACGGGUGUGAAAUCGGGAGUCUCCGCGUGGACGCGGUCAUAUCCGGUUAUUCAAUCAUCUAUAUUAGCUAAACUGCGCUAGGUGACGUAUAAAGCUCUCCAAGGCCGUAGGGAGUUUCAGAUAGCAAGCGGCCCGAGGGCGUCUGUACCUGCGUCGUAGUGUCAUUAGUUUGGUGUAGCGCACGAAUCCAGUGCCUAACGUAACCAGGGAAGCAGGCAACUUGCUUUCUACACUUGAGCACAGCACACUUGACCAUUUUCGGCGUACGGUGUGUGUAUAGGUCGAGGUGUAAUAGCUUAGCGAAUCUCUUCAGCGUAACGUGGUUCCAGAGCGGUGUGGUGCCUCAGCCAAUGUGCCGCGACCGUCACUUGAGCGCUCAUUCUGAUCCUGUGGCAUUACUGCAUUUGCAAGCGCUGGCAGACUCUAGGAGUAAUAAUUCAUUUAUGAGCUUCUAAAGUCUGCGCAGUAUCACAAUAGCAGUGUUCAUUUCAGGGAGAAAACUAUGAAGCUUUGUUACGCAUGUUCUGGCUGACAGUUACGUUGGGCUGCACUCUUAUUUUCUGUCUACAGGCGGCUAAUGUGUACUUCCGUGUAAGGAAGCUGGCACGUUUUUUGCAGGAAGUGAACUUCUCAUCGUAAGCCUUUGAACGUUGGGAACAUUUAAUCUGAAGAAGGCAAACUCACGUUCCGAGUUCUGUUUGUAUUUCAUGCUCAUUGUACCCUACAUUAACCCGCUGGCCAUCUCCGGUGACGGGGCCUGAACUGGACCACCCGUGAGGCCUGCCCAAAGGUCAAGGGUGUUUCAACAUAGGUGUUUCAAAGGUGCUUCAAAGGUGGUGAAAGGUGGGACCUGCCCAAAGGUGUUUUCUGUUCACUUUAAGCGGCGAGGCAUUUGCUGUAAAGCCGUGCCAGCUUUCGCUCGUUGCCUGUAUGUAUAGCUGCGACCCACUGGAAGUCACUGUAGAAAACUGCCUUGCACGCACAACUGAGGCGCCGCUCGUGAACGGGUGCGAUUGCGAUGAUUCAGCCAGCUAUUGUGUAACGGCAUGAGAUAUCUAUAGAACGAGACGCCUUUGUAGUUUAACGACAACGUAGAAAUGUGAAUGUAGAUAGAAUGUAGCUCCGAAAGUGUGUGAUGCAGGUGCCGCUGUUCGCGAAAAUUGUUGAACGAGUGUUGGUUUGCUUCGCGGUUUGAAGGUAAGGACGCCUGAAUGUCAAGAAGCAGCACAAAAAAAAAAAAGAUGUACGUUAUAACAGCAUAAAACAGUAUAACAGCGACAAUGAAUGAUGUAAUCUAAAAGCCACAUAACUCACUUGUUAAACAUUGUGCGUUAGAAAAGCUGCCGCUCCUUCAACGCGGCGCUCGCAAGAUCGUGCUGACUUACGAACGGAUGUUCUAUGUUGGCGUUCUCGGUCCACUUCGUACAAAAGAGUCUUUCGUUAUAACGGACACCAGUCAAAGGACGAGAGCGCGAACUAACAUAACUGGGAGUACGCCGGUCGGCGACGAACACAUCUUUAUACGUGCGACAUGAUUUUCAAGCUGGGCCUCUGGCCCAUUGGUGCAUCUAAGCGUACUGGAGCGCACGAGUGCGUCACACCCCACGUGACCACGCUUUAGCGAGCGUGUCACGGGGUUAUUGGAACUUCUAUGUUGUACCUGCUAAUGGAGUCGUCGUAUUGCCGGUGCUAUAUGGGAUAAAAUGCACUGACGUACUUAUUCGACGAUAGCAAGAUGGCACUACGACACGAUGACGUCACCUUAUUUUGUUUCAUUUGCUUUUCUGUCCGGUGUUUUUGUUCAGUAUUUUGCAGUGUCUGGAGCGACCUAUUGUCUAGCCGCGUGAGUUGUCCGUUGCAUUCCCCGACGGGGGCACGAAGGGUGCAGCUCAGUGACGACACAAAUACUAGUCCUUUAAGAGGCAUUCCCAUGACUGCUGCAGAGAAUAUCGCGAAUUUAUCACAUCUUUCUCACAAGUGUUAUACUUUCGUUGUAUCGUUAUGUAACGUUAAUUACUUCAUAGAAGCAUGAAAGGAAAGAAUUAUAUAAUUACUUCUUGUGAACUGUUCGUCUGUAGUUCGUUUUUUGUUUAAAGAUACAGGAGACAUUGUGUUGUAGAGAAACCUGUUUUUAUCGUGUGCACAGUGCAACGCCUGGUACAGUUAGUAAAUUCGUGUCUAUUCUCUGUCCUGCGUUCAGCUAGUGUGCACUUUCUUUUUGUGCAACUAUUAAGCAGUUCUUUCGUAAUCUCGUGCGACAGAUCGGUCCUCAUGACAUGGAACGACAGAAAACGAAGGCUUUCCGUAGCAUUCAGUCACCGUCAAAAGUUUAGGGAUCACGAGACACACGAAAACGAUUAAUAUUCCCGCUGCUUCGGCAGGCAGCCUUCAACUUAGAUUUCUGGCCUGUUCGUGAACGUGCUGACAACAUGUACUGUGCAGUUGGACCUAAUAUAAUGAGAAAUUGCAGGGAAAUUCAAUGUUUUCUCUAACGUCGUGGUCUGUAAACUAUUGACAAGUUUUUUUUUUUUUUUUUUGGACCCUGAGAACCUAGUCAGAGGUCAGAAAGCGAGACGCGCGUUCACUGGUGUGGUGACAGCGCCACUAAGUGCAACACAAUCCAAAUAUGAUUUUAAUUCAGUUAUAUUUUUUUUAUAGCUAGGCAUUGUUUGCAUUAUAAAGUCUUUAAAGUCCGGCGUAGUUGGCGCUAUCUGUAUGUUUCGCUAACAGUGGUCAGAAAUGUUCAUGAAAAUCGGCCUUUUGCGCAACCCGAACAGUACACCAGUAAGCGGCGUGUAAUAUACAGGUGGCGUUGUAUUCGCAAGUGAGCUGUAUGUUGCAUGCUAAAAUGAUCCGCCACUCAUACGCAGACACUUUCGAGUACGCCUUGUGACGCUGUUGUCAGGUAUUAUUGUGAAAAAGAACAACAAUGCUUGGAUUUUUAAGUGAGGAUCGAAGUGGGUGAUUCCUGUUUUAUUGUGCCAUCCUGAGAUUUGUGUAGAAGAUGGCAAUGUCUUCUAUUACUUGUGUGUGUGGCCGUGUGCUGUUUUUUUUUCUUUUUUAUCUUGUUUACGAUCUUUCACGAACAUGCUGCUCAAACACAUGUUUAGAUGCCUUUAACGCUGCGAGUGCAUGGUUGGCACUAUCGCUUCAUUUUCAGUCCAUUAUGUAUAAACUCUUACGGAGGUUUCGUGCGUUAUUUCGAUGUCUUCGUUUGUGCUAUAAUCUCACUUUUGUUGGCAUGUCAUGGAAUUUCACUGCACAUCAUAAUGUGUUUGUUUUGUACGCAUGUGUUUUGCUCUCUCAUCUCGUAGUAUACACAAACGUUUACUUUAUUUUAUUUUUUCGUUCGUUUCGUUCCGCAAGCGCCUUGUUCGUUUUCUGUUACUUGAUUGUUCAGUACCAGUCGCGUACAGUGAAGCUAUGCAAGGUGAUUUCCAAAGUGACCUUGAAUAAAGCGAUUUAAGGAAAAAGCUGAUGAUGGGUUUCGGUCACGUGGAUGACUACGUGACCUUUGGACCAAAGUCUUUAUGUAAAUGAGAAAUAAAACGUGGCUCUUGUUGCGUA